UUUCGAUUGCCUCCUCGUCUCCUUUUUCUUUAAUUGAAAAUCACCGAAGGAAAUUUUUCGCUUAAAAAAUACAUAAAUCGAUGGCAAAAUCGUCAACAAUGUAUACCCCUACCACCAUGGCGAUCUCACACGUGAAAAGAGAUAUUUUCCCGGUGGCCUAUCGCGUCUCUCUCGUCGUGGCGACCAAUGAGCGAGCGCGAACGAAGACGCGCGCGCACUGCCUCGCACUUGUCGGCGAUUUAAAAAAGGAAGCAGCAAAAAAAAAGUAUCCUCACACAUACGCGCGUAUGAAAAAAAUGUCGCGGCUCCGGCUCGACUCACACGCGUCGGCCCGCGGAGGAGUGGGAGCGACUAUAAUGUGCGGAGGCAUCAAUCGCCUUGAGUAUAUAUACACAUAAAACGUGGUCUGGUCCAUAGUCGAAUCGGCAGUUGCUCGAUAACGCGACACCGGCGCUGUUCUCUCGAUCUCCAAUCAUCACUUUUACUUUCGAUCUCGUUUUCUUAAAUUUCGAUAUUCGCGAGUAUACGAAUCGGCGGAGUUUAUCAGUGCCUUUCUUACACGAACAAUCAUCACAUGUGUCGCUCCAUCGACGGCAGCUAGUGUACUUCCAUCUUCUACUCGUAGUUUUAUCGUCGCCUACCUCCAGGACGAGGAUCAGCAAACGUAUACCAUGGAGAGCCGAUCGAUGCGAAUGGUAGCGAUCCUGCUGGCGGUGUGGACUUACGGCAGCGCGCCAGGCUGUCUGGCCUGCUCGGGAAAGACUCUGCUGAAGACAGGCGUCACCUGCCAAGAGAAGCAAGAAAUCCUCGAGGAGCACAACAGGCUUAGAUCAUCGAUUGCUCUUGGGCAAGUUCGCGGACAGCCCGGAGCUAAAUUCAUGAUGGAAAUGGUCUGGGACGAUGAAUUGGCAUCUGUUGCUCAAAGAUGGGCCGACCACUGCAACGAGAAUCACGACAGUGCCCGUCACAUCAAACGUUUCCUUGUCGGGCAAAAUUUGGCGCGCACCUGGACCACGAAACCACCGAAGGCCCAGCUCGACACCGAGCCCGAGUGGCGCAAGCAGAUCAACAAAUGGUUCGACGAGGUGCGCCUAUAUCGCAACACCUACAGCCCGAUCAGUGGACACUUUACUCAGGUCAUUUGGGGCGAGACUUACGCCGUUGGUUGUGGCUUCUCGUACUACUACGACCCUUGGCGCGGAUACACCAAGAACUACGUCUGCAAUUAUGGGCCCAGUGGCAACGUACUCGGAAUCAAGCCCUACGUCCACGGCUGGCCGGAAUGUCACGCGUACGGCGUCGAGUUCUCCAGCAAAUACUCCGGACUCUGCACGCACAACGUCUACUAUCCCUUGGGCUCGUAUUGCGCCUUCGGCUAGGAGAGAAAUAGAGAGAGAGAGAGAAGAAAUGUGUGUGCUCUUGCCGCGCGUAUAGCAGCUAACGCAGCAAUCGAGACUGCUUCAAGAGGGUCUACUGCGACUUACGUGCGACGGCGGCGACACACGCACGCACACACCUGUACCUUCAUAUGUGUGGAACCAUAUAUGCAUUCUGGAGCUGGCCGUGUUGUAUCGUACUGGCAUAUAACGCCCCGCACUCACAAAACAUAGACAAUAUAUAUUGAAGUGAUGAAAUUACACUACGGAGUGAAGAAGAAUAAAAGAAAAGUAAAGACGACGCCGGAGAGAAAAGAAGAAGAAAACGAAGACGAAGAAAGUUGAAGAGCGUGUCAGUUUCUAUUUUUUUCAUUUUUUUCUUUUAACGUUGAACUUCGGCUUGUGCGAGUGCAGUGCGAUGAGCACGAGACUGUACGCAGCUGUAUACGCACGCACGCGCGACGAAACUAAAUCGAUGAAGCGGUGCUUAGACGUCGAAACGAAAUUCGUAUAUAAAUGUGCACGCAUUGCCGAUCACGCGCGAAAUACGAUUAUAGCGGGUAAUUUUCAAUAACGUCACGAUAUCGAGUUUUUUUUCGGGAACCGAGCAGCGACAAAAAUUGUACUCCACUAUCUAUCCGCCCUCACUCUCUUCCUCGCGGGCAAUCGCGCGCGAUCGGGAAACGCGUUCGCUCGUCCCCCGCGCGUCCUAAUUGCCGUUUGACGUAUAGAAUCCAAUAUUCGGCACGCUUUUCUAUAC